CCCUGGCGGUAAAACAUCGUAAUUGCCGUUCAUUCUCACUUCCGCUCCUGCGGUCAAAGAGGAAGCCCCGCCGCUCCAUCAUGUCUUCUCUAUUUUUGUGACUCCAACCUGUUUGUUUAACGUGGCAUUACUGCCGGAAGGCGGCCGCCCACUUGUCGGUAUGUCAAUGUCAACGUUUCAAAAGGUGACCCUCGCGACGUGCCUCGUGCUGUGCGUCGCGCUGCUGCUUCCCAAGAUGCUGCUAUCCAGGGGGAGGAAGGAUGCUGCCGAGCGACCAGAAGGCUCAGGACAUUUCCCUCCCAUGAUGCACCGGCAGACGGCUCCAGAGGGCCGUGGCCAGAGGGCAGCGGGGUCCGGGUUCUCCAGAACCCAUAACUCUGAUUCCAUGUCCAGGGGUAAAGGAGCCGGGUCUGGGACCGGAACCGGAGGCAAGUCCAACCUGGCGGGACAGAUUAUCCCCGUGUACGGCUUUGGGAUCUUACUCUACAUCCUCUACAUUUUGUUUAAGAUCACAUCUAAAGGGAACAACAAGCCAUCAGGUAGAAGGUGUCUUCCACAUCGAUCUGAGAAUAUGAAGAGGAAGAUCACGGACUUCGAGCUGGCCCAGCUGCAGGAGAAGCUCAGGGAGACGGAGCUGGUGAUGGAGAACAUCGUCUCCGGGGCCCACCACAGUCCUGACAGGGUGACGGGGGUCACUGCCGACCAGGAGGAGAGUCUGCUGCAGCAGCUGUCAGAGAUAACCAGAGUGAUGCAGGAGGGCCAGCUGGUGGACGGGAUCCUGCCGGAGAAGAAGGUCCAGGAAGGCUGGGACGACUAUCCGGAGGAACCAAGCCCGCGUUGGGACGGUACCCAGUGCUGCUGUCAGCACAGCCCAGAAGGAGAACCUGAUGCGGACAGAACAGAAGAGGCUUCGGACAACCAGGAGGAAAACCUUCUGGGGGGAUUUAAAGGUCAACAGUCUGAAGACACUGAAGAAAGAGUAAAAGAGGAGACGGAGCAUCAGCACAACAUGGAAGGUGCUCAGCUUGACCUGGCCGGGGUCCUCAAGGAGCUGGAGCUCUCCCUGAAGGUGACGUCCGUGUUGGAGCAGGAGGACGUCCACGAGCUCAGCCGACCUGCGGCGACGGAAACAUCCGGCGGCUCAGUGAGACGGAGGAACAAGAGAAGGAAGGCGAAGAAAGCCGCACCCUUACUCUCCCAUGAGGCUUAACAACGUUAGCUCGGGCUUCAGGAGCUCUCAGCAGAUUGGCCGUAGCAUGGCAGCUGGUGUUAGCAUGACAA